AUGGACGCUUACCCGCCAGACUACGUUGACCACAACCUCCCACUCAUCCUCCUGUCUGGUGUUGGAUCUGACCCUGAGCCUGAUGCUCAGGAAAAGAUUAUCCCAGUCGAUGGUGCUGAGUACCCUCAUCUGGGGGAAGGCGGCGUCCAGAUAUUUUCUGAUUUUCCCCUCCUGACCGAUUCCACGGCGGAGAGGGUGUUGAAUGCUCUCCUUAGCCAGGAUGCGACGCGCAGACCAUGGAAUUCUAAAAAUGAUGGAGCAAGGGCGGGGGCUGUUGGGUAUAAAAUUAAGAGGGUUGGGCGGACUUAUACUCUCCCUCCCCGUAAAGGUCCCGCUAUUCCCAAAUCGCCCCCACCGAGCAACGUUUCCGGCAGGCCAAGUAAUCAUACAGCUUCUCCCGCCAUGCUUCACUCACCGAUAUCUCCUCUGACACCAAGUUCCCCAACAUUUCCUGACGGAAUCAUGACACCGCUGUGGGUCAUGAAGCACCAGGCAUUGGUCCCCGCAGCCUUUGUCAACUUCUUCCCAUUCACGACCGAUUCCAACAUGGCCUCCCUUGGUGAUAAUCAGUUGAAGAUAGAAAUUAAUAGUUUACGGAAGCAAUGGGCGGCAUCCGGAUACAAGACACGAUUCAUUGUUGCUUUGCUUUGUGAAGAUGGACCGUUACCAGAAGACGCAAAUGAUCGGAUCGCUAGCAUCAGGGUGGCGACAAACCUGGAUCCGAAAAGUAUUUUCGUUCUCCAACCCGAGCCAUCGCAGUUAGAUAUUAGUGAAUUUAUCAAAUCUCUCUUCGUCAAUCUGCAAAGCCCAAGUGUUGAGUACUAUAGGGAUCUCUCGAAACAUGCUAGGCGGAAGAAAAACCGAGGCACCAUCCCUCCACCAACUGCACCACCUACCAGCGGGACCUCACAAACUCUGCCGCUCCAGGGCUGGAAUGUUCGGUAUGACUUUAAACUGGGCGCCUUUGCUGAAUUUCGUCAAGAAAUGGACGCUGCGUGUCGAAGUUACGAGGCUGCUUAUGAGGGGCUCUUUGGCGAAGAAGUGUUCGAGAUGAUUGCUGGAUGGAGCCCUAGGUUUAACGAUGCCAGAAUGCUUGCGGACAUUCUCGCUAUUCGGAUCAUUCGUUGUUUGUUAUGGACUGAACAGACUUCAUCCGCAGUCCACAUAUGGAUAAACCACAAGAAUCGCGUCAAAGACAUUGUAGAUCGUCGAGGUAAAGGGACGAAUAAUUACGGGUGGGAGGCAUGGGAAGCCAGAUGGUCUCUGGUGAUGGCACAAAUUAUGCAUCAGGCGGAAAUAUCAUCACUAAUAGUUCCCGAUCUUCUGGGGUCGGUACCUGAUCUCCACAAAACAAUAUACGCCAUGCCCGAGAAAGCAGUUCCCAUUGGUGGGAGAAUACGUCCAUGGGAGUACCUCCACCAUGAGGGCUACUGGCUGCGCUGCGCUGCCCAACACACCGAGCGUAGGAGACAGCUUGCAGAGAAUAUUCCGGAUGAAGACCGGGUGGCUUCCACCCAACCUACUAGCUCGUCAUCACUGAGUCGAACUACCGUCUACGACACCUAUCUUUCUCCUGAACCUUACAAUGAAUACCCCAUGUCUGACCAUCCAGGGCUCACUCAUUCUAAGUUAAUUAUCAGUUUUCUUGAAUCAUCAAUAGAGGAGUUCUCCAAAAGGCAACAAAACCGCAUGGUAGAACAGCUAAAGCUAAAGAUGGCGAAGGAGCAUAUGAGAAUUGGACAAUGGAAGGAUGCAUUGGCUAUCCUACGACCUCUAUGGCCGCAGCUAUCAUGGCGGCGGAAUGGCUGGUGGAAGCUAAUGGAAGAUUUUGCCUGGACAUUGCGGGAAUGUGCUUUUCAGGCCGAAGAUAGAGAAACCGUUUUGAGAGCAGAUUGGGAGCUAAUGAACCAUACUUUCGCCGUGCGGCAAGGGUGGUGUUACGAUAUCCAUAAAAGUAUCGAAAAGUUGCCACCAGUGAAACCGAAACCGGUUGUGAUUCUUAAAGGGGAAGAUUCGGUUUCAUGUCUUGCGGCCUCUUUUGUCUUCGCGAAAUCAGAAGGCAAUGUGGGAGAGCCUCUACAAUCCCAGCUUGUUAUCAGGUCGUGUGCGCAGGCUGGAUCGUCGCCAAUUCGCUUGACGGAGGUAAAAGUUGUUUUUGAAGGCAGCAUUCGGCCUAUCAAGCUUCUACCGAGCGAGGACGCCACGUCGAGCUCUUCUACCAGUUGUGAGAUUAUAUCCGUUCCGUUACAAGAUUCUGCAAAGGUGGACGCUUCUUCCGUGCGAUCACCAACUGCUGGGUUGUCCUUGAUGGCCGGGUUCACCAACCUCUCAUUUAACCCGAAGCAGACACGGGCGUUCAACCUUGUGUCGGUGCCACGAGAACCAGGCGAGGCACGAGUGGCGUCAAUUACAUUACGAAUCGAGGAAGAAAAUUUCGAUCUGGCCUGCAUUAUUAGUGAACAGAACCGAGAGGAGUCAGUCUGGUGGAGAAUGGGGAAGCAAGGGCCCAUUUCCCGAAGGACAGGAAAGGAUAGGGAUACUUCAGUGGCACAGAUCUUGCCGAAACCUCCGAAAGUCCGCAUCACGACGCCCAAUUUACGGAAUCACUAUUACACGGAUGAGAAGGUCGUGUUUGACGUCCAUAUUGAUAAUGACGAAGACGAGGCAGCUGAGAUUGAUGUUGAGAUGAAACUGUUUGGGCAUACUGGAACCUCGGCGACGUUUUCAUGGAUUAAUGAGACGGCUGCUGACUCAGAAGCAUCUGAGGAUGCAGGCUCGAGCACCCCCAGUACCCCUAUUGAGGGUGACUCCUCGGCCCUGUCAAAACAAUGUACAGUUGGGACAUUGGGGCGUGGAGCCAGUCGCACCCUUUCAGUGUUGUUCACAAAUACAACCCAACCGCUAGAUUAUGAGGUUGAAAUAUCCGCCUUCUACCACUUGGUUUCCGAUAUUGAAACUCAAAUAUUCAAAACCGUGUCCUUGGACUUAUCCUUCAUCAGACCAUUCGAGGCAAAUUAUGAAUUCUUACCUCGCAUCCAUCCGGCACCGUGGCCAGAUUUCUUCCAUUGUGAUGAUUCACCAUCGGAAGAUAGCGAAGCGAAGGAACAGAAACUCAAUGGCCUUCAGCAACUGUGGUGCCUAAACUCGAAAAUGGUGUCAUUUGCUUUAGAACCACUUAUCAUCGAAGAAGUCAACGUGACACUACUUGGGAUCACGGCUGGCAAUGUUUGUAAAAUCGGCCCGGAAACUCUCAAAAGCCCUGAAACUCCUACAAUUGGACCUGAAGAGCUUCGAGAAUCCGAAUUCGCCAUUGAAAUCCAACGUCAUGCGCUUGAUGACCGGCAAGCGUCGACGCUAAACCUUUCACUGGAUAUACGAUGGCGCCGACCCGACGAUGACGACGGUGGUCCGCAAUCCUCAUCAACAACAUCAACACUUCCGAUCCCCCGCUUCCUCCUCCCUCUCGGCGAACCGCGUGUCCUCGCUAGCGCAACACCCUCCCCAACCUUCCCCGGCUUCCUACACCUCGACUACACCCUCGAAAACCCGUCCAUGCACUUCCUCACCUUCAACCUGACAAUGGAAGCCAGCGACCAGUUUGCGUUCCACGGACCCAAGUCCACCACAGUGCAGCUGGUACCGCUAAGCAGACAUACGGUGCGAUAUAACUUGCUAGCAAAUGUGACUGGCACGUGGAUACAGCCGCAACUGGUGGUGGUGGAUUCGUAUUUUAAUAAGACGUUGAGGGUGUUGCCUACGGAGGGGAUGAGGGGAGAUAAGAAGGGAAUUUUGGUAUGGGUUGAUGCGGAAGGGUGA